AUGGAAGCAGGAAGUGCUCAAAAACAGGAAGUCUUUAAAGUUGUGCGAACCUUGCCAGUGUGUUUGACAAAAGAAGCCUUGAGACUUACAAAACUUACCAAUCGGAAGAACUAUUUUCUGUUUCUCAAAACUGCUUCUUUGUUCAAUUCUUUCAUAAUUUCUUCCUUUGUUUCUUGUCUUUUGUUUGUUUUUUUUCUUCUUCCGAUUUGGGUUUUGUGUUAUUGUUUUUCUUUUUUCUUUUAUUCUGAUUACCUUAUCCGGAUGUUCUGUAAAUGCAGGUGGUUCUUUCAUUCUUGUUUUAUUCUGUGUGUUGUACAUUACCUUUUUAAUAUCAUUCUUCCUACCUUCUUUUUCUUUCUUUUUUUCCAUACCUUUUUUCUUCCUUUUUCUACAAACUUUAUUUCUUUUCUUUUCUCUUUCAGACUGACUUUCUUUUUUCUUUAUGUAGUUUUCCUUUUCCUUUUCUCUCUUUUAUACUUUUUCAUGUCUUUAUUAAAACCCUUAAUUUCUUUUUCCUUUCAUUGA